ACGUCCCUAAAGCUAGUGUUAACAGAUUAAACGCGUACAACGGACAGAAUGUAGAAAUCGAACGAAACGAAUUCAUUUCUCCGAGAGAAACGUCCUAACCUGUUCGGUUUAAACGCGACAGUCGUUAGUCGCAGAAGCGAACGUUGCAAUUAGGAUUGAAUUUCGAAGGUGGCGACGAACCGGACCAGUCGGAUUAAUUGUUCUCGUCCGAUAGCACGUUUCUACGUUGUUACCAGCAAACAUUUAGUUCUGUGCGAGAGCAGAUAAGGAGCCAAUCAUUCUGCCAUUAUUCGCACUGUUCGGACCAUAGCUAACCAGUGUCCCGAAGCGUUAUAGCGAAAGAGGCUGAUUCUCAUGGCAGCGCGGAAACUCGCAGCCCUCUUCACCUCGGUUCUGCAGCUUUGCUCAUGUCAAAUAACUCCAGAACCACUGCCAGAAUUUUUAGCUCCUUUGGAGAACCACACGGUGAUUCAGGGUCGCGACGUAUUCUUUACCUGCGUCGUUAAUCAUUUACAGUCGUAUAAGGUCGCUUGGAUAAAAUCCGAUUCCCGAGCGAUCUUGGCAAUUCACACUCACUUGGUGGCACAUAAUCCACGACUGUCCGUCACGCAUAAUGGACACAACACGUGGAAAUUGCACGUGUCGAACGUUCAAAAGAACGAUUCCGGUGCUUACAUGUGCCAGGUGAACACGGAACCCAUGCGUAGUCAGAACGGUUAUAUGGAAGUCGUGAUACCACCAGAUAUCAUGGACGAUGAGUCUGCGGAGGGAAUGGUGACCCAUGAAGGUGGAAAUGUGAGGUUAAGGUGCGUCGCGACUGGUUCACCGAAACCUACCGUCACAUGGAAAAGAGAAGAUGGUCGGAACAUUACUCUUAGAGAAGAUGGACAAAAACGAUCGUUAAAAACUUACGUGGGAGAAACUCUUGAAUUGUCCGGAGUCCUUCGACAAGAAAUGGGCACGUAUCUCUGCAUAGCCAGCAACAACGUACCUCCAACCGUCAUUAAACGUUAUUCCGUCGACGUUCAUUUCCAACCUGUUAUAAAAGUAACGAAUCAACUGGUAGCAGCACCGAUAGACAGCGACGUUGUCCUUCAAUGUCACGUUGAAGCAUCUCCACAAGCGAUGAACACGUGGUACAGAAAUACAGGGGAAAAAUUGCUACCGAGCGAGAAAUACACGAUAUCGGAAUACCCAUUAAACGAUUAUUCGUUGCUGAUGAAUCUUACCGUGAAUUCCUUGGAAAAAAGAGACCUUGGAGAAUACUUUUGCUCGUCCGCCAAUGCACUUGGGAAAGCUGAUGGUGUUGUACGUUUGCAAGAGCUUCAUCUCGUGGCGAAAUCGACUCCCAGCAGCUUCGUAAAAAAUAUCGACGUGAAACCACGAAAGAAAUCCGUGCCGAAGGGGAAGAAGAAGAACAGCAACAGCAGGAGAAUACACGGGAACGCUUUCGACGAGUUCGAUUCGUCCGGAAACGAGGAUUUUAGUACCACGCAAAUAAUGACCGGAAGUACUUUCCAGGAAGGUCAUGGAACGGAGAGGCCGUUGGUGUUGCCAUCUUUGUCCCCACCUUGGGUGAUCAUAAACACCGCUAAUUCCAAACAUCAUUCCACGUCGAUCACGAUACUUCUCUGCCAAUUAUUCUCAACCAUGAUAUUUAUCCUUUAAAUCGUUAACCAAGAUAUUUUAACGACGAAAAGAAUAAAGUAAUGGUCGAACGCGAAGAUUUUCGGACGUGAACCUAGUUGGUGUCGCUGUGGUCCUCGACGCCAUUUUAUGAACUUAAAAAAAUUUCUAUCAUGUACAAUUUCUUUACGUGUACAGAAUUAAUCUCAAUAAGUUCAAAGGAAGACGAUGCUUAAUUCAGUAAAUAAAUAAUUACUUAUUUGCAUGAUAACGAUCAACAAUAGAAGCAGAAAAUAAAUAUUGAAAAUAAAGGAUAACGAUAAAAGUAAAAAUUGACAAUGUGAUUCGUCUUCAUUAUAAAUAUAAAAAUAUGAGAACAUUCUUAUUAUAUG